AUGUCGUGGCUGUGGGGUUCUAGUACGAACCCUCAGUACGAGGAGCUGGUCGAGCAAGCAUGUUCACCCAUGAAGCUUGCAUACCCGCAGGGCGAGGACAUGUCGCUCAACCUCGAGAUCACCGACAUGAUCAGGUCCAAAGCCGUGCAGCCCAAGCCCGCCAUGCAAGCUCUCAAGCUCCGUGUGGCCAGCAAGAACGCCCGUGUGCAGAUGUAUGCCAUGAGUCUCAUUGAUACCUGUAUCAAGAACGGUGGCGACCAUUUCCUGGGCGAGAUUGCGAGCAAGGAGUUUGUAGACGAAAUGUCGUCUGUGAUACGGUCGCACGGCACCAACCCGGAAGUCAAGACGAUGGCUCUACGCAUGUUCCAGCAGUGGGCACUUGCGUUUGAGUCGAGGAGGGACCUGGCCUUCCUUGUGGACGUCUACCACGAGCUCAAGAACUCGGGGGUCAAGUUUCCCCCACCGCCGACUGGUUCGUCGACACACAUGAUCGACACGAUCACCGCACCGACUUGGGUUGACUCGGACGUGUGCAUGCGGUGUCGCACCGCGUUUACGUUUACCAACCGCAAACACCACUGCCGAAACUGUGGUCUGGUCUUUGACCAGGCGUGCUCGUCUCGCUUGAUGCCGCUGCCAAAGUUUGGUAUCAAGGAGGAGGUGCGCGUUUGCGAGGGCUGCUGGAUCAAGGCUGGCAAGAACAAGCCUGCCCCCGCCGUCCCAGGCCGCACACGGCGCACACGUGAAGACUAUGAUGCCGACCUGCAGCGCGCCAUCGAGCUGUCGCUCCAGGCUCAGUCUGGCCAUGUUGUUGGAGCUCCUUCGGAACCGCCACUUGCGUACAAGAACGGCACCGUGAACGACGACGACGAGCAGCUGCGUCUGGCGAUUGAGGCAUCGCUGCGUGACAUGGAGCGUGCCCGUCCCAGUGCGCCGUCAGAGGAGCUCGAGUUCAAGCCCCUGCCGACCUUUGACCUGGCUCCGCGCGAGACCGAGACGAUCCUGACCUUUUCCAACACGCUGGACCAAAUGGCUGCCUAUGGCGAGCGCGACCUGCGUCGUUUCCCCCAGGCCCAUAUGCUGUACGAGCAGGCCUACGGUAUUGGUCCCAAGCUCUACCGCAACGUCGAGGAGAAGAGCACCAAGCAGGCCAUGCUCGCCGAGAUGCAGGCCAAGCUCACACAGGCUGUGGCGAUGUACGGCAGCAUUUUGGACGGCCAGCAGGCCUUUUCCCAGCGCAAGGCUCAAGAGGCCCAGCAGCAGGCAGCUCAGAGGCACCAGCUGGCCCAGCAGCAACAACAGCAGCAGUACGGAUACCCUUACGGCUUCCAGCAAUACCCAGGCUACAGCGUUCCCCAGCAGCCCUACGCCAACGGCUACGCUCCCCAGCAGUACCAGCAGCCUCCCCAGGCCGCUCCUCCUCAGGCUCAACCGCAGGCCGCCCCCUCAGCGCCGAGCAUGUAUCCUGCCAUGCCGGUGUAUGGCGCGUACCAGCAGCCGUACCAGGCUGCUCCUCAUGCCGCGCAGCAGCAGCAGUACGCUCCCCAGUGGUCAUCGCCGCCAAGCACCUCGCGCCAGGCAUCGUACGCUGCUCCUGGUCCUGCUCCCGUGUCGCCUUCGGCUCAGUCUGCACCCGCUCCCGUUCUCCCCAACACCUAUGUCGCCGAACCGCAAAACUACGAGCACGCCCAACAGGUUGCCCAGCAGCAGCAGCAGCAGCAGCAGCAGCAGGUACCUUCGGCGCCGCCCCAGCCCCAGUCUGUCCCCUCCGCCCCACCGCCCGUCGACCUCGCCUCCCACCCUAGCAUGUCCCCGCGCUCCACCACCAGCGCCCUGCCCGCACCGAGCGCGCCGGCCCGGAGCGCGAGCUACGCCUCGCCCGUGGUCGCGUCGGCGCCGCUGGCCGUCAGCCCCGUCCUGGAGACGGCCGCGCUCCCCAGCGCUCCGCCCCAGCCCCAGGCCCAGCCCCAGCCUGUCCGUGCCGACUCGACGCCCAAUCCAUGGGCCAACGAGUUUCAGCAGCCGCAGCAGCAGCAGCAGUACACCGCCCCGCAGCAGCAGCCGUUCCCGGGCUACACGGCGUCCAUGUUUCCCGCGGCCCCCGCCGGGUUCCAGGAGCCGCAGCAGCCAGUCUCGGCGGCUCCCCCGGCGCCGCGCGAGGAGGCCCUCCUUAUCGAGUUGUAG